UCAGAGAAGGAAAACAAAGACUGCGCGGCUGCUGUUGCUGGGCAGAUAAAAGCAAAACGGCGUAUUUGUGUCAGAGAGUUAAGGUUGGACGCGAGAGACAGUCGGGGUUUUUAAGCGUGUCAUUUCUUUUUUUGCACAUUGUUCUGCUGUAAAAUCUUUUUUGUACGGUUAAAGAUGGCAGCUGACUGCGAGGCCUGGCUGAACGCAAACCCCUUUGAGGCUGAGGACCUGAGUGACUCUUUUGUGUCCGGAGAUGAAGACAGUGCAGGACUGGUUCUCACCAAUAAAAACAUCACUGAGAUCAAUGGAAAUUGGCUUACGUCAUCUAGCAACAGCAUCCACGAGGCACGCCUCAAGGCGAAGGCCAAGCGGAAGCUGAGGAAGAACUCCUCCAGGGACUCUGGCAGGGGGGACUCCCUCAGUGAUAACGGGGAUGUGGUCAGGGGAACCUCGGCAGUCCCCACCAGCCCCAAGAGCAAGCUGCUGGACAGAAAGUCCCGACUGGGAAAGGGCAGAGGCCUGCCAAAGAAAGGUGGGGCUGGAGGCAAAGGUGUGUGGGGCCGAUCUGGUGAAGUGUAUGAACAAGAAGAGGUGGAUGAGAAAGACCCCAACUAUGAUGAAGCUCAGGGGAACUGUGUGUAUGAGACUGUGGUUCCUCCGCUGGAGGAGAGAGACUUUGAGAAGACAGUCACCCCCAUAGUGCAAGAGUACUUUGAACAUGGUGACACAAAUGAAGUAUCGGAGCUGCUGGCAGAGCUGAACCUGGGGCCCAUGCGGAGUGAGGUGCCCGCACUGGCUGUAUCACUGGCCCUGGAGGCCAAAUCAAGCCACCGGGAACUCACCUCCAGGCUGCUGACUGACCUGUGUGGUCCUGUUCUGUCCCACAGCGACAUGGAAAACUCAUUUGACAAAUUGCUCCGAGAACUGCCUGACCUGGUCCUAGACACACCUGGAGCUCCACAGUUGGUGGGCCAAUUCAUUGCACGUGCUGUUAGCGACCAAAUAUUGUCCAAGAGCUACAUCGAGGGCUACAAAGGCAGAGUUGACUGUGAAUACGCAAGGGCAGCACUAGACAGGGCAGCGGUGCUGCUGAAGAUGAGUAUGGGUGGCCUUCGCAUUGACACCCAGUGGGGAACAGGUGGGGGCCAGAGAUCUGUUGUACAGCUCAUCAAAGAGAUGAACCUGCUGCUGAAGGAAUACAUCCUCUCUGGAGACAGUAAGGAGGCUGAGAGAUGCCUGAGAGAUCUGGAGGUUCCUCAUUUCCACCAUGAGUUUGUUUAUGAGGCAAUAGUGAUGGUGUUGGAGUCAAAAGGAGAGAAAACAUUCAAAAUGGUUCUGCAGCUAUUCAAGAUCUUCUCCCUGUCCUCAAUCAUCACUGUGGACCAAAUGAGAAGGGGCUUUAAAAGGGUUUAUAUGGACAUUGCUGAAAUUAACAUCGACGUCCCUCGUGCAUACUUCAUUCUGGAGCAAUUUGUUGAUAAUAGCUUCAGUAUGGGAAUCAUUGAUGUAAAACUAAGAGAUCUUUGUCCCUGUCGGGGCCGGAAGAGAUUUUUCAGUGAGUGAGAUGGUGGUGUCAAACUUGAAAGCUACCGAGGAGCCCUUUUGGUACCAGACUUUCUGAAGAGGAUAAAAGCUAAAUUUUUUUUAUUUGCUUAUUUUUGAAGAUAGUUUGGUACUUUUUUUUCCUUCCCCCUUAAUGUUCCUUUCUGAAGUUGAGGUGGGCAAAAAAAACUGCACUUUUGAAACUGAAGUAAAUCACUUUUUCCAAGGUGUUUUCAAUAUAUACAUUUGCAUAAGCUAACUCUUGAAGUGCCACACCUCGGUGUCAGUCAUUCCAUGUUGUUUUGUACAGUAUUUUCUUGAUUUCACUGCCAUUCUUUGUCUUCUAGAAAGCAGUGUUUGUACAAGGCUUUAUAAACGAAUAUAAAAAUAAAGGGAGGCAUGUUGUUUCAGUGAAGAUCUGACUCCCUAAUAGCUGCUUUUUUUUUUUUUUUUAAUGCUGUGCUUGAUUUUUUUUUUUUUUUUUUACCCUUUAAAUAUCACAAAGAUGUCUACUGAAGGUAUCAAGAUGUGUACAGGGCAAAAGCAAAUACCAGUCGGUUAACUUCACAAAAUAGUGUUUAGAGUGUUUAUUUUUAUAUUUGGGGAGUACUGUUGUGUAAAAUGUACCACAUAUUGCUCCUUAUUUGUUCAUUAAAUCACUAUUAAAUAAUCAAUAUUGUUUUUGUGAAUACCACAAUAAUAGCACAAACCAUUACCAUUUAAUUCUUUGUUCUGACAGGUUACUUGCUCUGCUUUCAUUCAAAAAGAAAGAUGUUUGACAUUUUGUGUUGUGCAUUAUAGCCAAAUUACAGUGAUACAAAUAAAAAGUCAGAAGUGUAUCAGUCUUAGGAGCCAACCAUGAGGAAAAACUGGCAAGUAAAAC